UGUUGAAAUACAAUGUGCAAUGUUUCAUCACAUUUUUCUUCCCUCUAAUAAUACAGGCUACUAGAGCGUACACCGUACCAAAAACUGAGCUCGAGUCUAUUUCGUGAUAAUUCUGGAGGGUAGUCGUCCUCACACUCACACCGAUUAGAAAAAUGGUAAAUAAGAACCUACCAUAACCCAAAUACGAGUCUAUCCGUAACAACUCGUAUCCGAUCCGAUCCAUUACCAAUUGUUUUUGUUUGAAUAUCAUGUGUUGCAUUUCCUUUUGUUAUUUUUCUAAUUUGUGUUAUUUAUAUGGCUUCAAUUUGAUUUUUACCUAGGCUAUGAUGCAUCAAGCUUUUUCACGUAUUAAUCCAAAAAUACUCUGCAAUUUAGAGGUAAUUUUUUUAAGGAAAAUUUAACAUAAGUGGACAAACUUUUGCCCGGUUCUCCAAUAUUGGACCAACCUUUAAAUCUUCCCAUAUUAAACUUAAAAAUGUAACUUUUCUCCCAAAAUGGACUGAAUAGGUAACGUAACCUGUUGUAACUGGUUUAGAGAUGACGUGGCACUUACCGUUGGGUUUGUUUUUUAUUUUUAAUUUUUUUUAAUUAUUUUGAUUUAAAUAGCAACAACCUCCUGUAUUGUUGAACAAAUUGCUCGAUUAAAAAUCUUCGAAAAUCAAUUCCUUGAAUUAGUCAUCAAUGGAGAGGUCAAAGCAUCAAUUUGCAACAUCAGGGUCUUUUUCUUCAUCAAGGGGAGGGUUAAUUGGCAGGAUUAAAUGUAAUUGUGGAAGAGAUGCGGUUGUGAGAUCGGUGAAGAAUGGUCCAAAUGUGGGGUUGAAGUUCCAUGGCUGUCCAUUAUGGCCUGAUACGGAUUGUGGGUUCUUUAAGUGGAUAGGUGGUGUGAGGGAUGAAGUUGAUGAUCUACGGUUUCAAUUGUUUGAAAAAGAAACAACCAUUGCUGAGUUAGAGAUGCACAAGCAGAUGCUAGAAGAUAAGGUGAAGAGGGUUCAGCUUAAAAAAGAGAACUUGGAAGAAGAUCUUCAAGAACUGAAGGGGGAAACUAGUCAAUUGAGAAUUGAGUUGAUGAAGAGUGCAAGGAAUGAGAGGAAUUUUUCUUUGGAUUUGAUUUUGUCUUGGGUUUUGUUUGGGAUAGUGAUUAUGUCAAUGAUGUAGGAGGAACAUGAAUUUGCAGUGUUGUUGUUUGUUUGUAGUUGUUAUUUGGUGAUGUUAAGAAUGCUUUUUCAAUAAAAAAAAAAGAGUUCUAUUUUGCCAUACUAUUUUAUUUGUGAUAUUUGUGCAAUAACUGAAAACAAACACAAAUGUGGGAAAUCAAAUGCUAAAAUAAUAGGCUUCCAAAAUAAUAAGUCAAAGCUGAUUCAAAGUACAUCAACUUGAUUUAGUUCACAGUUGCUUAAAAAAAAAACACCAAAUUGUUCAUCAAAAUACAUUGUUCACUAAUCAAAAGCAACAUCAAGAAACAUGCUCUUGCCAAAAUAAGGGUGCAUUACAGCAGCUUGUAGUGCCAUACAUCAGAUGUGGCUUGUUUGAGUGGGGAUAUCAACCUAGCUGACUUGUGAAGGACCCUGGUGUACAUCAUAUUGAGAAGGACCCUGGUUAUGUACAGAACCAUGUGCACCAAACAUGACUCCCACACCAAGUGGUAGCCUUCCACCUCUUGGGCCCCUGCCACCCCUUGAGCCCUUGCCUCCCCUUGAGCCUCUGCCUCCUCUUGAUCCCCUUCCUAGUCCUGUUGU